AUGACCAGGCAACUUGGAUAUGGGGUAAGUUUAUUUUGAUUUGUUUUUUUCCCGAGUUUAGAUCUAAAAUGGGGAUAUUCGGCCGAUAUUACACUUGAGGUCAGUAGGAGCCAACGGGAGCUUGGUUGCUGCUGUAAAUUAGGGACACCUUGAUCUUUUUUUGUCUUCAAGCUUCUUUGUUGACUUUCAGAGGCAUUUCAAACCCCUUUUCGAACAAAAUUUUUGGAUUUGGGUGCUCUUGACCUUCUACUUGAUUUGGUUACCAAUUCUUUUAUUUCAGAUUACAAAAAAAGGGAUUUUUUCAACAGCUCUUCCUGAGCUUGGACUCACAAAGUUCAAGAUGAACGCUAGCUUCGCCUUCACACUACACCACGCCACUUCACCUCUCCAGCAUCAGCUAACCAGCUCAAACGACAACGUCUUGAUUCGACUUCGCCAGUGAUCGAUAAGAACCUCCUUUCUUGUUGGAUUUGUCAAACCUGAACACUUCACGGUGUUGUUAUAUGGUGAGUUUAAUUGCGUCUGUUUUAUGUUAUUUUAGGUAUGAAUAAUAUAAAAUUUGCUGAAGUUUAUGAUGUUCUUUGAUUUCAGAGCUUGCAAUCAGUCUCCUCUGGCUCGCCCAUGGGUUAAUUUCUUCAUCAGAGCUCUGUUCCAUUCACUAUCUUCGAAUUUUCUGGACGUCGGUCAGGAGAAUCACAAAAGCAACAGAAAUUCUUGUAAGUUUUUUUUGUUUGUUGUUUCGAUAUUUAGGUAAAAAGUAGAAUUUCGAAGAAAGUGCUGGGGCAGAGGACGCAGCUUGUUACUUAUUUAUGGGUUGUUUUACCCUUUUAUGAGCUUCAUAUUGUUGUAGACGUUUAUUUUAUUAUCUAUUUGCAGAUUCCAUCGCAUCGUCACAUCUUCAAGUUCCUCUUCUCUUCAACUUCUUGUCAAAUAUCGACCAAUUAUGGACCUCAACUGCAACAGCAACAUUCCGACCACAAAGGACCUCCACCCCCAGGAAGCGAAACUGAAAUUCGAACAGCAUAG